AUGAGUAGAGGAGUCGUAGUCGCAGAGGGGAAGGCAACGGGGGAGGUUGGGGCGGCAGAUAGCAGGUGGGGGCGGCGGGGAAGAGGAGGUGCGCGGAGUGCUUCUGGUGCUGUUACUGGCGGUCCGCGGGUGUCGCUGGCGUUGUCACUGCUGGCGUUCCCCCACAACCCUUCCCCCGUCCCGCUCCUCCCCCACAGCGGCUGUCGCUACACACGACAACAGCCGCAACAGCGGGUGACGAGAAGGGGCCACGAUGGGAAAAGGGGAGGCGAUGUGGAUGCGACAGGGACGGUGGCAAGGACUGCAGGUGCUGCUGGCGCAUCUGUCGCGGUUGGCGCUGGUUUGGCAUCACUGUCGCGGUUGGUGCUGGUCGGGCGCAGAUGUCGCUGCUGGUGCUGGGUCGUUGGCGGAUUGGCGGCUGGUUCGACGGCGGAUCCGUUGGCUCGCAGGCUGGUGGGUCCUUCGGCGGGUGAUGCAUAG